AGAGAUCAGAUCACAGGCUUUGGAUGAAGAUUAUCGCCAUAUAACUCCAUUUAAUGAUCCAUCCAUGCUGAAGAAAAUGUACAUUUAUAGCUGAAGAAGUCAGCGGGGAUUUCAAGACCACAUAUGAGAAGAGGGAGUUUUCAAAAUGGGAACUGCGUUUUUUCACCAAGUAAAGGAAUAUUAUUUGUCAGCGUCUGGGACUAAACUGAUCUAAACUGAACAUUUGCUGACAUUUCACUGAUUUUCACUAACAUCAUGGACUUUUCGGGUUCUUUGCCACCACCCUCUCCAUACACCUUCCCUAUUAUCCCCAAUUUCUCUGUGCCUUCCUCCUCUCCUUCCAUCUCUCCAUCACCCAGCUUGGCAUCCACAGUUCUCUUCUGCUCCUUCCUCUCUCUCCUCUCCUUGCUGGGCAUCACGGGAAACCUUUACACUUUGGUCCUCCUUCUGAGGCGCAGGAGAAGUAGGAGAAGAUGUGGAGCAGGACCAGCCUGCUGCCUGACAAGACUACCCGUACCAUCAUGCCUUGCCAGCUCCACUUCCCCUUCCUCCCCCUCCAUCUCUUCUUCUUCCACCUCCUCUCUUCACCUCCAGGUGCUGAGUCUUGCUCUCGCUGACCUGCUGUAUCUUUUCACCACACCAUUCAUUGUGUACGACAGCCUGGCAUCUGGCUGGGCCUUUGGCGAGAUGGGAUGCCGCCUCCUGCUGAGCCUGGACCUCCUCACCAUGCAUGCCUCCAUCUUUACUCUCACCGCCAUGAGUUUGGACCGCUACAGGGCUGUGGCCGAUCCUCUACACACCUCAUCCUCCAACUCCUCUGGCCUGUUACGUGUAGGCCUAGCCUGGGGGUUGGCAGUGGCUCUCAGCCUGCCCAUGAUGAUCACACUGCACCUAGAAGAUGGGGAUGAUCAAGAGGGCCAGCUGUGUGUCCCAGCAUGGGAUGAGGAGAGCUCUAAGGCUUAUCUGAGUAUACUUUUCUGCACUAGCAUUCUCGGUCCCGGGCUGGCCAUUGGAGCACUUUAUGCCACACUGGGCCGCCUUUACUGGGUGUCACAGACACGGCCAGCCUGGGCCACUGACAACAACAAUGCUUGCUCUCCUCGUGCUCCCAAACCAAAAGUCCUGCUCCUCAUCCUGGGGAUUGUCCUGGCCUUUUGGGCCUGUUUUCUUCCCUUUUGGAUCUGGCAGCUGCUGCCUCUCUACAAGCCUGACAUGCUGCGAACAGUCCCAGUGGGGACACAGGUGACAGUCAAUCGUAUCCUCACAGGUCUGACCUAUGGAAACUCUUGUGUGAAUCCAUUCUUUUACACAUUAUUGACUGGAAAACAAAAACGUAAGCGGCAGCCGCUGACAUCAGCAAAUCAGCUCUGCCGCAAGAGCAGCCCUCUGCAGUAGUCUAUUCCACUAAAGUAAGAGACAAUAAUGCGAGUGUGUGCAAGUACAUGCACACAUAGAGGUACUGUAUAUGAAUGCUUCAUAAGUUCUAUAAUAGACACCAAAGAUCAUACGCUUCCUCUUAGCCUGCAAACUAAGGAAGUAGAAUAACAUUAACCAAAU